AAAAGGCGGAAAACGCCCCUACCCUUCACUCCCCCCCGUUGUUUUGUGAUUGUUCGUUCCCUGCUACAUACCUGAUACUUCUGUGUGUCUAUCGCACCGUCUUCGGCAUCGUAUCGCACCAGCCAGAUCUGGACGAUGGACGACCCUGACUUGCCGAGUCCCGUUUCACACUCAGGUACGCCACCAUACCGACGCGCAUAUGCAUGGCGAGCGGAGCGACCAGAAACCUCUCCCCUGUCGACACACACAUGUGCGUGAACGUGUGUGUUCAGAUGGGGAUCUCUCUGAUGAUGUGACGUUUUUGUUCCCUCGCCGUGUUCCGGUAGGCACAACACACACGACGCGACGACAAGAGGGUCGACCACACUGACCGGAACACGUGUGUGUGAUUGUGUGACUUGGGUGGUUUGUUUCGUGUGGUUCAGUCUCCUAUCGCAAGGCCGGAUGGCCGUCGUGGGGUGGAGGUUUUGUCAGAGAUCCGGACCGAUGAUCGUACGACCGAGGAAUCACCCGUGAGGGUUGUGUGAUCUCCUUCACAAAACACAACACAUGUGCACAACCUCAUCUCAUGUGGUUCUCUCUCCCUCUCGCUCCGCAUGUCAUGUCCAACAGAAGCCGGGCACCCGGAUGCCUCGCCUGCCCCUCCACCCACACCCACCCCCUCUCUCUCCUUCUCUUUUUCCGCCACCCAAGUGCCCCACCAGCCCUCCGUCAACCAGACGGACCACCCGCAACCGCAACUUGCCCACACAUCCCGCCCUCUUGCUGCUGCCGCGAGAGCUCACUCUCCUGGUGUUCGCCCUCCUGCCGACGGAGACAGUGGUGGUGCUGUCACGGGCGUGCAGAAGCCUCUCCACUUUGUGUCGACUGCCCGGAUCACACGCACACCUGAACUUCGACCGCUCGAGAAAACUUGAGAGGCUGGUGCUGCUGCAUGACGCCACCCCGUGGCGGGACAUCUUCAUGGCGGGCGCCAUCCGGCAGGCGACCAUCGACAUGGGCGGCGGCAUCAGCGUGCCGGCGCUGCUGAUGGUCCUGUCCUUGAUCGAGGCCUCCGCCCCCGUCCUCACGGACCUCUCUCUCCACCUCUGGCUGCCACACACCGGCGGAGCCCUCGCCAUGCACAGCGGCCUGCAGCGCCCGGCCGAGGUGAGGCGCGACCAUGGCGACGGGCACUCCCCCAUCACAUUCCCCCAGCUCAGGAGCGUCACGCUUCGCGAGUCAUUUCCAGGCAUCGACGACCUCUCCCUCGCCCUCGCAUCGCUCCGUCAGUGGCGCCUUCCCGCCCUGGAGCACAUGAGCGUGACAAGGAACACUCAGGGGUGGCUAGCGAGUGUCGCUGACGCCAAGACGCGGGCAUGCGUCGGCGUGUGGGCCGCACAUACGAGCCAUCUCAAGACGGUGCGGGUGGCGAGCGGACGGCUGGAGGGUCCCCAAGUGGAGGUGGCCGUCAUGGGGGCGGUCUGGGACGUCAUCGACAGGGCGCCCCGGCUCGAUUGGCUGGAGGAGAUCGAACUGGGCCACGGCGCCAGGCUGGUCGACUACGACGUGAUCGCGCUCAUCCACAAGAAAUCAUCGGAUGACCGACCUCCCCUCGCCCUCCGGUUCGCAUCUCUCCAGCUGACUGAGGACGUCAUCACGGCCAUCGACCGGCUGCUGACGGCGUCACCGCUCCCACUCCACAUCGAUGCCCAAUCCCUGGACCUCACCCGAUUGGUCGACCACCCCCUUCGCCCCUCCUUGCUGCCCUCAAUUCGACGCGUGCUGCGCCGCCUCGCCUGUGAUGCCCCAUGUGUGAGCACUCUCAUCCACAGCAAGCAGUGACGAGAGAGAGUGCGGCGUGGAGUGAUGCGGGCGAGUGCCCACUUACUGGUGUUGUGUUGAUUUCAGUGGGUGUGUGGUGGCGGGUUCUCGUGUGGGGAGGGAGGGGUGGGUGCGGAUCAUUUGAGUGUUUUGAUUGAUCAGAUAGCUUAUUGUCGGAAAGACAGUGAGUGAGUGGCUGGAUGGAUGGCGAGAGGAGGGGAGGGGCGUCCCUAUCUAUGUUGCAUAGAUAGUGUGUAUGUGUCAGUGAGUGAAUGUCUGUAUGUCUGUCUGUCUGUCUGUGUGUAUUUCUGUGGAUAUAUGGCUCACUCUCUUGGUGUCAUCCACUCGUGUGAUGGAUGGGUCUGGUUAUGGUCGCGUGUGUCACUCACACGCCUCCUUACUCCUGUCCUCUCCGUGUUGGCGGCUUGAGUCGCCUUCAUCAUAUCAUGGGCACAAGCGGUGGUGAGCGAGGCACGCUCGUCUCCACAGGGCACAUGAUGGAUGCGAUGCAGUGGACGCAAGCAGUCACAGAGAGAGGACGGGGAUCGUGGCAGCCAGCGAGGACUGUUGUGUCGCUUGUUUGUAACUUUGCCGGGGCUGGGUGUAUCGGGUCGACGGGUGUCCGCCUGUGUGUAUAUCUGUGAGUGAGUGGUUUCCUUUAUCGAUCCGG